AUGGACAGUGAACCAGACGUGAACCUCACCACUUGCCAACCUGCACCUCUCCUGAAGGGCUCCGCCGCAGGAGGCCACACAGCUAGGGAACCGCAGAGCUCAGAUUUGAACCAGCAGCCUCGCUCCAGAGCCCAGGGCCGUGUUUGCUACUUUUCAACCAGCACGCCUCGCCAUACCAAGUUUUACACAGAUCCAGUGGAAGCUGUAAAAGAUAUCCCUGACGGGGCGAAGAUCCUGGUUGGCGGCUUCGGGCUGUGUGGCAUUCCCGAGAAUCUCAUCGGGGCCUUACUGAAGACGGGAGUCAAGGGGCUCACCGCGGUCAGCAACAACGCAGGGGUUGACAAUUUUGGCUUGGGCCUUCUACUUCAAACCAAGCAGAUAAAACGCAUGAUCGCCUCGUACGUGGGAGAAAAUGCCGAAUUUGAGCGACAGUACUUGUCUGGGGAAUUAGAAGUAGAGCUGACACCACAGGGCACACUUGCAGAGAGGAUUCGUGCAGGCGGUGCUGGAGUUCCUGCCUUUUACACCAGCACAGGAUACGGGACCCUGGUGCAAGAAGGAGGGGCACCAAUCAAGUACAACAAGGAUGGCAGUGUCGCCAUUGCCAGUAAGCCAAGGGAGGUGAGAGAGUUCAAAGGUCAACAUUUUAUUUUGGAAGAAGCAAUUACAGGGGAUUUUGCCUUGGUGAAAGCCUGGAAGGCAGACCGAGCAGGAAACAUAAUUUUCAGGAAAAGUGCACGGAAUUUCAACCUGCCCAUGUGCAAAGCCGCGGAAACCACAGUGGUCGAGGUUGAAGAAAUUGUGGAUGUUGGGUCGUUUGCCGCAGAAGACAUCCACAUUCCUAAGAUCUAUGUGCAUCGCCUCAUAAAAGGAGAGAAAUACGAGAAGAGAAUCGAGCGUUUAUCAACCCGGAAACAGGGAGAUGCGAAAGCCAAAUCUGGAAAAUCUGGGGAUAAUGUGAGGGAACGCAUCAUCAAGCGGGCAGCCCUUGAAUUCGAGGACGGCAUGUAUGCGAAUUUGGGCAUAGGAAUCCCACUUCUGGCCAGCAACUUCAUCAGCCCAAACAUGACUAUCCAUCUGCAAAGUGAAAAUGGAAUCCUGGGCUUGGGUCCGUAUCCAUUCGAAAAUGAAGUUGACGCAGAUCUAAUCAAUGCAGGCAAGGAAACAGUUACUGUUCUUCCCGGAGCCUCUUACUUCUCCAGCGACGAGUCGUUCGCGAUGAUUAGAGGAGGACAUGUGAAUCUGACCAUGCUGGGAGCCAUGCAGGUUUCCAAGUACGGUGACCUGGCUAACUGGAUGAUACCUGGGAAGAUGGUGAAAGGAAUGGGAGGUGCUAUGGAUCUAGUGUCCAGUGCCAAAACCAAGGUGGUGGUCACCAUGGAGCAUUCUGCAAAGGGAAAUAAACAUAAAAUCAUGGAGAAGUGUACGUUGCCCUUAACCGGGAAGCAGUGUGUCAACCGCAUCAUCACUGAAAAGGCUGUGUUUGACGUGGACAGCAAGAAAGGGCUGACUCUGAUCGAACUCUGGGAAGGCCUGACCGUGGAUGACAUCAAAAACAGCACCGGCUGUGAUUUCUCAGUGUCACCAAAACUCAUGCCAAUGCAGCAGAUCGCAAUUUGAAAUAUGGAAUAAACAUUUGUCCAGGGCUGUGUGUUUUCAUUUUAACCACGUAGGAUUUCAUUGAAAGGUCAUCAGUAAUCAUAAUUGUAUAUCGAACAAGCAGUUUUUUAUGAGAUUUUUAAGCAUUUUCCGCUUUAUGCAGCCUGUUUUCUCAAGUGUGCUAUGACAUUUUAAUGAAAAACAAAAGGAAAAAAUAUGAUUAUCGUAUUUGUUUUGUAAGUGCUUAGAAGGAUGUCUUUACAAUUGGUGCUCGCGUUGGAUCUUUCUCCAUCUGCUGUGGUACGUACACUGAGUUGGGUGCAGUUUGUAUCAAGAUGGAAAGAGUUUCAUUGAUAUACAGAAUUGUGGGAAGAAAGAGUGAGGGGAAAAAGUGACCCCCCCCCACCUCCCAGAGUAUACGCAAGCAGCACUGUACUACUUCCUGAAAGAUAACAUAUGUGAAUCUUGAUUAGGAGGGAUGCUGUCUUAAUGAUUGGCUUUCCUUCGGCCUCCUCUGACUUUUCUUUCAGAGCCUCUGAUUGUGUGGUUCCAUCUUGCUUUCCUAGAGCACCUCUUCCUCCCAUGCUUCCUGUGACUAAAUAGAUGCCCAAGAAGGGAAGCAAGUGCAUCUCUGUGUGGGAGGAAUAGCUGGUUCUUGGGAAAGACUCAUGGUGUAGGGCCUGUGGGUGCUGACAUCCUACCAAAGGUAGUCUUUUCAAACCAACCAACCAACCAACCAACCAACCAACCAACCAACCAACCAACCAACCGUCUGUGCUUUACCGAAACCUCACUCAGCUGGUUAGUUUCCUCAUUUGGAAACAGUGCAGUAUCUGUAUAGAUCCAGAAGGUCCUUAAGAGUCUUUCUCUAUGUGAUUGAGGACCAGUGGGCUACUUGAACAAUACCUGCUCUUAAGCCAAGAAGGGCUGUGGGGUAAUUUAUUAUGAAUCCAUAGUCACCAUGAACGCACAGGUUUUUGUUGUUGUUUUCUUUAAAUUCCUUUCAGGUGCUCUUAUUUCUGGUCAGGAAAGUUUCUAAAUAUUGAAUGCCUUUUUCUACAGAACGUUUUCUUCUGACCAGGCUACUUCCUUGAACAAAGUGCUUUUAAUUCAACUCUAUGCAAAUAGGGGAGGUAUGGAUGAGCAAAUCCAGGAUUUGAAGAGUGGUGGGUGAGUGAAUUUGUAUUGUUAGAAAAUAGACGUUGUGUAUUUGGUUUCGUAAGGAACUUCUUCUAGAGGUAUUCUCAGUUCCUAAAAGCUGCCCCAGGGCUAACUAUGCAUCCUGGGUAUAAAACGGGCAAGAAGUCCAGGCUGCCUGAAGACAGGCUGCUGUCUGGCAGAGGUGGGCAUAGCAGAGUGCACUGUGUUGUUCCUGGCACCAGGGGUGGGGAUUUAUGCGUGUUUUUUGGUGAUGGUUGUCAUUGAAACUCACAUUUUCUUCAUAUACAGCUACUGUUGUGUCAUGCAUGGUAUUAGAGGGAAGAGAGGGGCUUGUGUUUUUUUUUGAGAAGUGCACUCCUUGUAUAAAAUAGUCUUUUCUGCGGGCUUCAUGGUUGAAAGCGUACUCUCCCAGUACUGGUAGAAUGGACUCUAGAAUUUGUGAGGUCUAGAGAGUAAUACAUAUCUGUUAGAAUUAGGAUUUGGAAAAAAUGUAUGUUACUGAUGAUUGCUAUAUUUGUAAACUCGCUUAUCAUUCCAGUCUGUUACGUUAAGAUAAUAUGUUUCUAAGAAUGUCCCAGCUUUGAAUGGCAAAACCUAAGCAGGUCACUUUAUAUUCUUGAUUAAAGAGUGCCAUGGACAUUAAGAAAUGCAAUAAGAAGUACAAUAAAUAUUUCAAAUUGACAUAAA